GUACAUAAUCAAUUAACUCAUUAACUGUCAUGAAUCUUGCCGUCGAUGUACUCAUUUGUUAGAAGACAGUCCUAGACUGAACGGCGGACAUGUAAGACCUAUGUCACAGCCAGAGGCGACAUUUACUCUCUUUUAAAAUCACACAAAAUAGUUUGUACCUGUCUGCCACCCAUCUCCUCCGCACCACUCCGCAUUGAUUCUGUACAUUUUUAAAUCUCCAUCGUACAAUCUCCGGUCUUCAAGUCUGUCCGUCCACGUGUCAAAAAUACUUUUCUUUUGACACACACUAAAUUGCAACGCGUAUAAGUUAAUCAUCAAGACACAAGCUUCCUCGACUUCGACCACGCGAGUCGUUUACACCGAGUCGGUCGAAUAGAAUCGAUAGUGCAACAAGGACCGUAUUUUGAAAAUUAAAAAUCCGCGAAGCCUCGUCGUCAAAUUAAUCGAAAGCAUUGACAAGCGCGGGAAACUCUAACCUCUUGGACGAUUUGAAAAUUAACUGAAGUCGCAAGUGUACUCUAUUCUAAAGGUAAAACUUUGAUAUCAGCUUAAUCGGUAGCAGCAAACACAGUGAUAAACGCGAAUGUUCGAUUAUAUUGAAACUUAAUUCACGAUCCAAACGUUAUUACUUUUGUUACGUUCAGUUUCGUAAGUAAUUGCAUAUAUGAAGAUGAUACGUACCUGCAGUUAAUUAGUAGACUGCGGAUUGUUAUGAAAAAUAAAACAUUUUUAAUGUUAUUUUAAAAAAAUAAAUCUAAAUCUUAAUCUAAUCUUAAAUCUAAUCUUCACAAUUAAUGGUGUGUAUUAUACUAUUUUGCACGUUGUAGCUUUUAUAUUUUCUGAACAUCUACUUUCUCUCUAAAUGAAUAAAAUCCGCAGUCUAUUAAUAAUUAGGCACUUAUGUUAAGCGUUAUCCGAUGUUUAUAGAUAACUUUCUCUCUAAUGAAAUCUUCUAAGCUAUUACUUAUUUUUUUAUAUACAAACGUAAGACAAUGUAUAAAUUUAUACAAAAUCAAUUAAUCAAUUAGAAAGUAACUGUUGAUUAUUAAAAGUAAAGUAUGUGAAUAGAAAAUUUUCAAGUGUCGCGCAAUUGACGAAACUGGACAACGGGUUUCUUCACCAUCGUCGUUGCGGAAGAGAUUCGUGCCCAGGUUUGGAGGAAGUUUGAUAUGGAUGUGGACUUAAACAAUAAUAGCAACGAUAACGACUUAUGCGAGACGAACACUCAGCGCUUGAUUGCCGAAAGCGGUGGACGAUGUAUGAGCACUCAAGCGAUGCAAUCGCUUUAUGACUUUCGACAGAAUAAUCUACUUUGCGAUGCCGUUUUGAGACUCGAAGAUGGAGGCGUUUUCCCGAUUCACCGAGCCAUUUUAUCCGCUUGCAGCCCGUAUUUCAGAACUUUGUUCACGACUACGUUGCACUCGCGCGAGAAAACGGAUGUCCUUUUACCGGGCGUCAGCAGUAACAUGAUGAAUCUGCUCCUCGAGUACGCAUACCUGCGAUCGAUCAACGUAAACAACGAGAACGUCUGUCAGCUGAUGGUCACCGCAGAUUAUCUGAACAUCCUAGGCGUCUUCGAUUUCUGCUGCGAGUACCUGAAGCAAAAUCUAGCGCCGGAGAACUGCAUCAGCGUUAUGCGAUUCGCUCAGGAAUACUUUUGGAAGGAACUGGAGAACAGCGCGUUUCGUUACGUAAUGAAAAAUUUCGUACAGGUUGCACAACGAAGCGAGGAAAUUCUUAACUGGUCAAUAGAAGAGCUGACCACGCUGAUCGGUGCAGAUGAGUUGAACGUUAAGAGCGAGGACACCGUUUGGGAACUGGUAUUGAAGUGGAUCGAUUACGAUCCCGAAUUGCGGAAAGAGUACAUAGUCGACUUGAUGAAGAACAUCCGCCUCGGCCUGUUGGACACACAGUUCUUCCUGGAAAAUGUUAAGGAUCACCCGUACGUUACUGGAAACGACGCUUGCCGGCCAAUCAUCAUUGAAACGUUAAAAUUCUUGUACGACCUGGAAAUUAUUACGCAAAAGGACGGAGAGGUACCGACGCCGAAAAUAGCCCGACCAAGGGUUCCCCACGAGAUACUGUUCGCUAUAGGUGGAUGGAGUGGCAGAAGUCCUACAAAUUUUAUAGAAACCUACGACACUAGAGCGGAUCGAUGGGUCAAGGUGGAAGAAGUUGAUCCGGUCGGACCUCGCGCUUAUCACGGGACUGUGGUGGUCGGCUUUAAUAUUUACGUGAUCGGUGGCUUCGACGGUACAGAUUAUUUUAACAGUUGUCGUUGCUUCAACGCUGUUACUAAGGUUUGGAGAGAAGUUGCUCCAAUGAAUGCCAGAAGGUGUUACGUUAGCGUUGCCGUGCUAAACGAUCUAAUUUACGCGAUGGGGGGAUACGACGGAUAUUAUCGGCAAAGCACCGCUGAACGGUAUAAUUAUAAGACGAACCAAUGGUCUCUGAUAGCACCCAUGAAUUGUCAAAGAUCGGACGCCAGCGCGACCACCUUACAUGACAAAAUUUACAUUACCGGUGGAUUCAAUGGUCACGAAUGCUUAAAUUCAGCUGAGGUGUACGAUCCGGAAACCAAUCAGUGGACGAUGAUAGCCCCGAUGAGGUCGCGUAGGAGCGGCGUUUGCUGCAUAGCUUAUCACAACCACGUAUACGUUAUUGGUAAUUACAGUUGAAUCAACAUUCGAGCGUGGAUAUUAUUCAUCCUUUGUAGAACUUUGUUCACGACUACGUUGCACUCGCGCGAGAAAACGGAUGUCCUUUUACCGGGCGUCAGCAGUAACAUGAUGAAUCUGCUCCUCGAGUACGCAUACCUGCGAUCGAUCAACGUAAACAACGAGAACGUCUGUCAGCUGAUGGUCACCGCAGAUUAUCUGAACAUCCUAGGCGUCUUCGAUUUCUGCUGCGAGUACCUGAAGCAAAAUCUAGCGCCGGAGAACUGCAUCAGCGUUAUGCGAUUCGCUCAGGAAUACUUUUGGAAGGAACUGGAGAACAGCGCGUUUCGUUACGUAAUGAAAAAUUUCGUACAGGUUGCACAACGAAGCGAGGAAAUUCUUAACUGGUCAAUAGAAGAGCUGACCACGCUGAUCGGUGCAGAUGAGUUGAACGUUAAGAGCGAGGACACCGUUUGGGAACUGGUAUUGAAGUGGAUCGAUUACGAUCCCGAAUUGCGGAAAGAGUACAUAGUCGACUUGAUGAAGAACAUCCGCCUCGGCCUGUUGGACACACAGUUCUUCCUGGAAAAUGUUAAGGAUCACCCGUACGUUACUGGAAACGACGCUUGCCGGCCAAUCAUCAUUGAAACGUUAAAAUUCUUGUACGACCUGGAAAUUAUUACGCAAAAGGACGGAGAGGUACCGACGCCGAAAAUAGCCCGACCAAGGGUUCCCCACGAGAUACUGUUCGCUAUAGGUGGAUGGAGUGGCAGAAGUCCUACAAAUUUUAUAGAAACCUACGACACUAGAGCGGAUCGAUGGGUCAAGGUGGAAGAAGUUGAUCCGGUCGGACCUCGCGCUUAUCACGGGACUGUGGUGGUCGGCUUUAAUAUUUACGUGAUCGGUGGCUUCGACGGUACAGAUUAUUUUAACAGUUGUCGUUGCUUCAACGCUGUUACUAAGGUUUGGAGAGAAGUUGCUCCAAUGAAUGCCAGAAGGUGUUACGUUAGCGUUGCCGUGCUAAACGAUCUAAUUUACGCGAUGGGGGGAUACGACGGAUAUUAUCGGCAAAGCACCGCUGAACGGUAUAAUUAUAAGACGAACCAAUGGUCUCUGAUAGCACCCAUGAAUUGUCAAAGAUCGGACGCCAGCGCGACCACCUUACAUGACAAAAUUUACAUUACCGGUGGAUUCAAUGGUCACGAAUGCUUAAAUUCAGCUGAGGAGUACGAUCCGGAAACCAAUCAGUGGACGAUGAUAGCCCCGAUGAGGUCGCGUAGGAGCGGCGUUUGCUGCAUAGCUUAUCACAACCACGUAUACGUUAUUGGAGGUUUCAAUGGAAUAUCGAGAAUGUGCAGCGGCGAAAAAUACAAUCCCGCGACCGACGUAUGGACCCCAAUACCGGAUAUGUACAAUUCGCGUAGCAAUUUCGCGAUCGAAGUAAUCGACGACAUGAUUUUUGCAAUCGGCGGAUUCAACGGUGUUACCACGAUCUAUCACGUGGAAUGUUACGACGAGAAAACGAACGAAUGGUACGAAGCAACGGACAUGAAUGUGUAUCGUUCCGCGCUGUCAGCCUGCGUGAUUAUGGGUUUGCCGAAUGUAAAUGACUAUAUCCACAAGCACCGGGAACGUUUGAUGGAAGAGAAACGGCAGAAGCUAUUGGCACUGGAGUCGCACCGCAGUCAGCAACAUCAACUGGACCAAAUGCAGCAGAACAGUGAGAACUCGAUGAACAAUAACGAAAUACCUCCGCCACCUCCGAUGCCGCCGAGUAGCAACAGCAACUCUAGCAACGAGAGUCAACAAAAUUGACGACGACAGUAUUACGAUAAAAAUGACGUCGAGACUAUAGGUUUUACGUCAACCGAACGAACAGCAGAGCAAUAGAACAGUGAAUGUUCAAAGCGAUUAAUCAAUCUACGGUUAUGCUGGAAGAAAAUAUUAGCACAAUUAGACGACGCGCGUGUCGACAGAGAUAAUUUUUACACGCAUUUAAUGUUCCGCUGUCAUGGGGAUAAUCGCAGCUCCAGCUUCGAUUCGACGUCUGUAAUGUUUUUUAACGAAACUCUAAAUUACUUGUGCAUUCGGUUAAAAAUGUGGCGACAGUCAAACUUGUAAUCUUAAAUCAUGUUCCAUUGCAAGAAAUCGAGGUAUGUAUGAUCGCCAUGAGAUUAGGUGAUUUCAUUUGGAUUUUGGAACAAUUUUCUUUCAUCAUAACCGUAGCUCGUUUCUCGAAUUUCGAGCAGCAACAAUUGUCAAUGAUUGAAGAAUGGAAAACUGACGAUACAAACAUUCGUGUAGAGUCGGGAAAUAAUAUCCUUUAGUUAACAGUGAAGGAGAGAAACAUUUGGUAUCGAUGCGACAACGUUGCAUUGUUAGAUGGGAUAAUAUUUUCGGACUCAUUUUUACCUGAAUUUGUUAAACGAAAUAUGUUUUAUUUUUUAUACGAGGCAUGUUUCUAUUGACUGUUUUUGUGAUAUAAUUUUGUACGAAGUUUAUUGAACGAUUUUACAUAUCAUAAACGAGUUUUGAAAGAGAACAACGAGGGAACAAUUUUUGAAACAAAACGUAUUACGCUUAUGACUGCUAUUGACAAAAAACUAUUGAAAUGGCAACUACUAACAACCAAUAAAAGAAUAUCAUAAAUAUGGUGCUUUAUUUUAUAAACGCGUGUUCCGUAGUAAAGGAGAAAUACUGUUAUGUUUAGUACUAAGCGAAGAACUGGGAUCUGUCAUUCGGUCAAGUAUCGCGAAAUAUAAAUGCCAACAUUCGUUUCCAUUAGUUUAUUAAUAAGAACUAUUCAUUUUUACAAUACAUUAUCCCACUGCAAUACAUCCACUUAUUGUUUGAUUUAAUUGACAACAAAUGAAAUUUAUUUCAAUAGCAGUCCGUUCAGACAAUGUUUUCGAUUUCCGGUUUGGUAUAAGAUCGAUAAUGCUGGCGUUCUACAUUUAUCUAUGUAUAGCUUCUAAAAAGAAAUGCUUGAAAUUUCUAAGAGUUUCUUGUUCACCUGCGAUAAUAGCAAACUGUUCUGCUCUUAUUCAUAGCGUCGCGCUUAUCAUGUGACAAUCGACCUAGCAGCGAUAGUCGUGGAGAUCGCC